GGAGCUUCCAAAUAAAGAUCCUUCUAAGGUGAUUCUUGUUUCAUCUCUUAAAUUAAGUCACAUUAUUUGAGCAUUUACUACUAGCUAAAUAUGAUUCUCCACAUACUAGGACUUGGAAAACAUGAAUGACGAAGAACAAGCAACUUCACUUUCAUAUACUACCAAGGCAUCCGAGGCAAUGGCUGCUCCAAGGCAUCCAGAUAAGGUGAAGGCAACCCAACUGGAAUCAAGGAUAACAGAAUCAGCACUACCAAGUCUUGCGCCUGUGCCAAAAUUGAAGAAGACAAAGACAACUAAACAUAAGAAACCAGGAAUAUUUCAAACACCACUCCAAAAGGGGCCAAAGAUUAUGCAAACAGACCGUACUACCGUGCUGCAUUCUAAGGUUUCUAGUGUUUGUAGUCAGAUGUCUUUCAACAAUAGUGAGAAUGUGGAUCCCAACAAAACAACUACUGGAACUCAGGUGACCAACCAUCAGACUGGUUGCAGUACUUUAGAAGGUGCAGUGAGGAAUACACUGAAGAGAAAGAAAGUUUCUGAGACAACAAGAAUGAAAAAAGGUACUCAAGCAAUCUCUGCUACAACCGGAAACAACAUACUUAGGAAUUCGGGCAGGGAAACAUGAAAGAUGGUCAUAAGUGAGUUGUACAUGCCUUUUCCUGUAACACUUGUUCGUAUUGUUGUCACAACAGUAGGAAGUGACCUGUGUGUUUCUGAUUGAUACUUCGAUAUUGUUUCUGAAUUUGUGAAGAUGUUCUGAUGGUGAUGCUUUGCAUUAUUCGCGUGCACGAUGAUACAGCUUCUCAAUCUUUUUUUCUAUUGUAUGUGUGUUUU